AGUGACUUCCGCUUCCGGUUCUUAAGGCACGCGGGUCCCGGGAGCCAAGCAAUCGGGGAAAAUGAGGCCUUUGACUGAAGAAGAGACCCGGGUAAUGUUUGAGAAGAUUGCGAAAUACAUUGGCGAGAAUCUACAACUCCUGGUGGACAGACCCGACGGCACUUACUGUUUCCGGCUGCACAACGACCGAGUGUACUAUGUGAGUGAGAUGAUCCUGAAGCUGGCGGCCAACAUCUCCGGAGAUAAGCUAGUGUCACUGGGGACGUGUUUUGGAAAGUUCACUAAGACCCACAAGUUCCGGUUGCACGUUACAGCUCUGGAUUACCUUGCACCGUAUGCCAAGUAUAAAGUGUGGAUAAAGCCUGGAGCAGAGCAGUCCUUCUUGUAUGGAAACCAUGUGUUGAAGUCCGGUCUGGGUCGAAUUACUGAAAACACGUCUCAGUAUCAGGGAGUGGUGGUUUAUUCCAUGGCCGACAUUCCUUUGGGUUUUGGGGUGGCAGCAAAAUCUACCCAAGACUGCAGAAAAGUGGACCCCAUGGCAAUUGUGGUGUUCCAUCAGGCAGACAUUGGGGAGUAUGUACGCCAUGAAGAGACACUGACUUAAGAUGGUCAUCCCAAGAACAUUUGUUUGCUGUGUGCAGGCCAUCAUGCUAAAUCUGGGUAACACUGAGAUAUGAAACUUGGAUUCUACAGAAAUGGCUCAAAAAUAGGGUUUCUGGCCUUCUAGAGUCAAAAGCAGGUGGAUCACAAGUAUAAGGCCAGCUCACGCUACUUGGCAAGUUCAAGGCUAGCCUGGGCUGCAUAGUGAUCCUUGUCUCAAAAAUCUAAAACAGACAAACCAGAACCUGUGAGUUUGUGUGAGUAAAUCAUGUUUUUCUGUUUUGUAUGUGCAUUGUCUUGGUUUGAAUCAGAAGACUUGUUCUGAGUGACGGUUUCUAGGUUUCUUCACUGAGGACAAGAGUAAUCUUACUGUUAUCUGUGAUAACACUGUUUUCCAGGCUCAUAACAGUGGACUUCCUAUUGUUUAUUAAUACUAAAAGUAGAAACAGCCAUAUAAAGGUUUUACAUAUGGAAUUUAAUAAACUUUAAUGGUUUUAUAUUUUUUA